UCUCUCUUUGAUUGAAUCCAGCUGUUGUCAGAAGUGCGCGAGGACCUGUCUCGGUCAUUUGCAUUGCUAAACUAUCUGUACAGUUUAGAGAGACGGGGGAAAUAGACCAGACCGGUUUAAAAAAAAAGACAUUCCCCGUAAAGUGAGGCAUAUAUCAAGGCUUCGGUCGACUAGCUGGCUGUUUAUCAAAUCCUGGUUGAGGUUUUUUCACGUAGUCUGGGCGGUGUGACUGGCGAGAGUAGCCCACCACAUGCGCAUUGGAUUUUCGACUCCACAACAGUAGCAAAGUGUUUAAAACAUUUCUUGCUCCAAAGUAUCCACGGGUCGUCGGGAGUUAAUCGGCAGGAUCCAUAUAGACCAUGUUUUGGGACAUACGUGGCUUGAAUGUCUGGACUUACGCAAGAAUGUUGACAGUUGUGGUGUUGGCAUUAUGUAGCAUUCACUCCGUAUGUGGCCAGACCUGCACAGAGGGGUUCGCCUAUGAUCGCAGGGCAAGAGUAUGUGUUGACAUUGAUGAGUGUCGUACGGUACCAGACGCCUGCAGAGGGGACAUGCAGUGCGUGAACCAGAACGGAGGCUAUCUCUGCAUCCCCCGGGGGCUGUACAGCCAGCCUACCUACCCCCGAGGUGGUGAAGGAGGAGGAGGAGCAGGCAGGUCCCAGGCCACCUACCCAGACACCUCCCUGGGCUUCCCAGAACCAGAACCCUACCCUCUCCAACCCCCUCCAGCCCCCCCCGUGGCCCCCAGCUACCCAGUCGUAAGCCGCUCCACUUCCUGCCUUCUGGGAUACACCCUGGCAGAAGAUGGGACCUGUCAUGACAUGGACGAGUGUGAGACAGACUCCCACCAGUGUAACCCCACCCAGGUGUGUAUAAACACAGCUGGAGGAUACACCUGCUCCUGUACCGAGGGCUACUGGCUGGUCGGGGGACAGUGUCAGGACAUUGAUGAGUGUCGCUACGGGUACUGCCAACAGCUGUGUGCCAACGUGCCAGGCUCCUAUUCGUGCUCCUGCAACCCUGGCUUCCUCCUCAACCCUGACAGCAGAACCUGUCAAGACGUGGACGAGUGUGAGGAUAACCCCUGUGCCCACGGCUGUUUCAACACCUACGGCUCCUACAUGUGUAGCUGUGAAGAGGGAUUUGAGCUGGCUUCUGAUGGCACCACCUGCAAUGACCUGGACGAGUGUGGUUUCUCAGAGUUUCUGUGUCAGCACCGCUGUGUGAACACCCCAGGGUCCUUCCAGUGUCACUGCCCAGCGGGAUACUAUCUUUAUGAGGAUGGGAGGAGCUGUGAAGAUAUCAAUGAAUGUGAGACUGGUAACAACACGUGUACAACAGCACAAGUAUGUUUCAAUUUCCAGGGAGGCUAUACAUGCUUGGAUCUGCUAAAAUGUGAUCCACCGUACGUUGAACUCAAUGACAAUCAGUGUAUGUGUAGUGCUGAGAACCCAGCUUGUAGAGACAGGCCCUUCACCAUCCUUUACCGUCACAUGGACCUGUCCUCAGGCCGCAGCGUCCCAGCAGACAUCUUCCAGAUGCAGGCCACUACCAGAUACCCUGGAGCUUUCUACAUCUUCCAGAUCAAAGGACCGGGCAACGAGGGACGAGAGUUCUACAUGAGGCAAACCAGUAACGUGAGUGCCACUCUGGUCCUGUCUCGGCCCAUCAAGGGUCCCAGGGAGCUGGUCCUGGAUCUGGAGAUGGUAACCGUUAACAACGUCAUCAACUUCAGAGGCAGCAGUAUCAUACGGCUGACGAUAUACGUGUCUGAGCAUCCUUACUGAGGCCCACUCCCCCUGACCUCUAACCCCUGACCUCUGACCAAUCACUACGUCCGGUCCAACUCUCACAAGCCCGAAGUAUACCUUCCUAGAUUCCCAUACUCUCCAAAUCUCCCGAUCUUCCAGCAGGCAGCUCCACUCCGCUUCCCUCACAACUGUCGUCUCAAUAAACUCUUACCUGUUGUUAUAGGAGACGGGGGGCACCUUCCUCUCCAUUUCACCACCUCCCCUCCCCACUCUUACAUCCACAUCAGACUGUUACCGGACUGUACAUUAUGGUGCUAAGGACGUAUCCACACAGAAGGAUAUUUAUGUUGUAUUGUAAAGGCUGUGUGACUCUCUCUCUCUCUCUCUCUGUCUCUCUCCCUCUGUCUCGCUCUCUCUAUGUGUCUGUCUGUCUCUCUCUCUCUCUCCCUCUCUCUCCGUCUCUCUCUCUCCCUCUCUCUCUGUCUCUCUGUCUCUCCCUCACUCUCUAUAUAUCUCUCUCUCUCUCUCUGCUCUUUAAAAAUACACAUUUCCAAUGACAUUUACUAUUAAGGUAAUUGAAAGCAGUGUUGGUUGUUUUCACGCGUACUUCUCUCUUUGUGUUAUUAAUAAACUCACCUUAUUUUCUGUGAAGCGUUUUCCUUUAAAUAAGCUGUGAAUGUGAGCUUUACAAUAUGUGAUACAAUGUGUUAGUGAUGCUUUUGGGGCUUUGUUUUGUGUGUGUCAACCAUCUACAGACUAAGAUCUGUUAAAAAAGGACCGUAAAACCUUGACAGUAUGUUUUCUACCUACCUGACUGAACUAGCCUGGUCCCAUGUCUGUUUGUGCUAUCAUUCCAUGGGAAUGGCAAGGAGUAGAAUGUUAGCUCAAAACAGAUUGCUACCAGGCUAUGACUGCUCUGGUCUGGGUUAGUUUCUGUCACUGUAUUGUGUAAGAACAAGACGAGAAUGUCUUCUACUGUUGCAGGGGGGCCUCACCUCCUCCAGCUGGUGAAAUGGACAUUACUAUUUUCUAAUCAAGCUACACACAUUUCAUUUUUCCAUUUUUCAUUUUGAGACAAUCAUUUUGUCAUGGUGCCCCCUCACAUGCAUUUACGGAUUUAACAAAAUACAUUUCCAUCGAACA